UUACAGUAUAGAGAGAAACCUCCGAGCUUCCUUCAUUCCUUCCAUGGAGGAAGCUCUACUACAAGGUCUUUCACAACCCAAUGGAUCAAAACACAAAAUUUUAGCAGCCAAAGCAAUUAGCAAUCUCACUUCAAAACAUAAACACAGCUUAACACAAAUAGAUACAAUUAUAAACUUACUUCUCCCAAUGCUUCUUCACCAUACUUAUUCAACCAUUAAAGCUUCUCUCUUUGCCCUCCUCAAUCUCUCCUUUGGAAGUGAAAGAAACAAGAUCCAAAUUGUCAAAUCCGGAGCCAUUCCAAUUCUACUCAAUUUCCUAAUCCAACAUGAAUCAGAUCUCCAAGAACACGCGGUGGCACUCAUCUUCACCCUCUCCUCAACCGCCGCCAAUAAAAUACCCAUCGCAUCUUCUUCCGGCGUUCUGACUCUGUUAUUCAACAUAAUCUCCACCGCAAACGCGACCACAAUGCAAACCAAGCUAGAUGCUUUAUCCACCCUCUAUAAUCUCUCCACUUCACAUGAAAUUAUUCAUUCAAUGGUAAUAAUCCCAUGUUCCGUUAACUCUUUAGUUAAGUUAAUAAUCCACAGCUAUGUUAAUAAAUCAAUAACUUUAGUCGAAAUGGGAAUGGGGGUAUUGGAAAGAUUGGUGACUGUUUCAGAUGUUGCGAUUAGAGAAACGGCAGAAGAAGAAAAGGCUAUUCAAACUUUUGUUGAGGUUUUGGAAGAAGGUUCUUUUAUUUGUAAAGAACGCGCGAUUGCGAUUCUGUUAGCGAUAUGUGAAAGCUGUAGGGAGAGAUAUAGGGGGAUGAUUUUAAGGGAAGGGGCGGUGCCGGGUUUGCUUCAGAUGAGUAAUGGUGAUUAUGAUGAUGGGACACGUGGACGGAGGAGAUCGAGGGAGAUGGCUCGAGAUUUGUUGCUUCUUUUGAGAAACGACGUCGGUUUGGGUUCGGGUUCGGAUAAGACGAGGAUUGAGAAUUAUGAGAUUUUGGAGGAAACGAUGAAACAUAUUCGUAAUUAUGAUGAUGAUGAUAGACGAUGUCUUAGUUCGGGGUUAAGGGUGGUUCAAGAAACUAUUGCUAAGAUCAUGAUUACUAAUAAUAAUGUAUCAUUGUACUAAUUUAACUCGCAAAUAGUUCAAUUUAAAAAAUAUAACAUUGUUUAAAAGUUAGAAUACUCUUGUAACAUAAACAAAAGAUAUUCAUAUUAGGUAAAGAG